CACUCAAUUCACGUACUAAACUGACAGGACGAUCAAGAACCUAAUCAAGAUAUUUCAGAAUUAAUACCGGACUAUCACAAAUUCAAGCUGAAAUCAUCAUUAUGAUCAUUCCUAAUCACAAUGCUAUUUCUAUCAAUCUCCACAUAAUCAGAUAUCUCCAAAUUCGUUCUUAUAUCACAAACUAAUCAUUUAAAUCCCCGUUAAUUAUUGGCCCUCGGGGUGUGAACAGUGUUCUGUGAACAGUGUCGUGAACAGUACCCAUGAACAGUACCACGACGUGAACAGUAACUGCACUCUCCAAAAUUGGCCAAACCACUAGCUAAUUCACGGGUUUUCUCUCCAAAAAUCACAACAACCAACUAACACUCAAUCACAUAAAUCUCCCUUGAAUUAAGCAACAAAACACACUUAAAUCCCUCUUAAUUGCUACUGGAAUUUCCCCCAUUUUUCUGCAGAAUUUCGGACACACAAGGCAGCAAACAAAAUGGAUAAUUUAAGCCUUAAAAGGCUGUCACAUACCAGAAUUUUCCAGCUAGCAGAACCGAAGCUUGCAGGGGGGAGAGGCCGGCGGCAGUGCAGGAAAAUUCUGCAGGGGACUCACGGGUUCACCCAAAAUCGAAGGAAACAAGAGCAAUCAAAGUUAACCCAAGCCAAUUCAAGCAAGAACAAAGGAAUUAGGGGCUGUUCUUACCGAAAAAAUGCCCAGAAUUUGCACCCACAACAAGAGCAGCCGGCGGACAAAGGCAGAAGAGCAGAGCAGAUCCGGCUUUUCCAGCAGAGGAGGAGAGAUUUAUGGGUUCUAUAUGGGUUCUAGAACAAGAAAGGAAGGCCAAAACCAAGCUUUCUCACCAAUUUUCCAGGGCAUGGCUGGGUUCCUCUUUUUCUUUUUUCUUUCGGGUGCAGCGGGAAACAAGAAGAGCAGAAACGGGCUGGAGAAGAAAGAGGAAAAGGGAGAAAAGAAAUAAGCCAUCCUUAUCCAAUUUCUACUCUUUUAAGCCCCUCAACUUUGGAUAUUUUGGCUCUUAAGCCCAAAACAAUAUUUUUCCACAAUCAAGUCCUUAACUGAAU